UGGAGGGAUGAUGGAGAUAGAAAAGAAACCCAACUCUCAUCCCACCUUUCUUUUUCUAUCUUCUCCCAUGGCUAUCCCCCUGCUCCUCCUCCUCCUCCUCCUUGCCUCAUCCUCCUUUAUCUCCGCCGCCCCCCCUACACCUCCCUUCUCUCCCCAGGACAACAUCCUUAUUGACUGUGGUGCCAAAUCCCCUGCCACUCUCCCCGAUGGAAGAUCCUUCAAGACCGAAGAACAAUCCACCCAAUUCUUAAAGACCAACAAGGAUAUCCAAGUCUCCGUCCCCUCGGCCGAUGUUCCCUCUCCAAUCUACCUCACGGCGAGGAUUUUCACCGAGCAGGCUACUUAUGCAUUUCAAUUGACUCGUCCGGGAUUCCAUUGGGUUCGUCUCCAUUUCUUUCCAUUGAAGAACAAUGAAUUCGAUCUUCAACAGGCAACAUUUUCAGUCAUGACGGAUAAAUACGUUCUCCUUCAUAAUUUUAAGGUUAAUAACAACACCAAUGCAAUUCUCAAAGAAUACCUCCUCAAUGUAACCGAACCCAAAUUCUCAAUCAACUUCAUUCCAAUGAAGAAUUCAGCGGCCUUCAUCAAUGCCAUUGAGGUAGUAUCUGCACCGGAUAGUUUGAUUUCUGAUCAGGGGACAGCCCUCUUUCCGGUGGACAGCUUUUCCGGAUUGUCAGAUUUCGGGUACCAGGUGGCCUACCGGCUGAACAUGGGAGGUCCCUUGAUUACCUCCCAAAAUGAUACCCUGGGAAGGACUUGGAUUCCGGAUACAGAUUUUCUCAAGGACAAGAAUUUAGCCCGGAGCUUCUCUGUUGCAACAAAUGUGGUGAAAUACACAGAUGUUUUGACGCCGAUUAUAGCACCGGCAACGGUUUACUCUUCCCUAACAAAGAUGGCGGAUUCAAAAACAAUGCAACCUAAUUUCAACGUAAGCUGGAAAUUUGAUGUGGAUACAUCGUUUGAUUAUGUUCUUCGGAUGCAUUUCUGUGACAUUGUGAGCAAAUCACUAAAUGAUCUCUACUUCAACGUGUACAUCAAUGGAAAAAUGGCGAUUUCUGGGUUGGAUUUAUCUUCCCUCACCGGAGAAUUAGGGGUUCCGUACUAUAAAGAUAUAGUCGUGAACGCUUCCACCAUGUCGGGAGGGCUCUCCGUUCAGAUUGGACCGAUGAAUGAGAAGACUGGAACGGUUAAUGCGAUUCUGAAUGGAUUGGAGGUGUUGAAGAUGAGCAAUUCAGUGGAUAGUUUGGACGGGGAGUUCGGCGUCGACGGAACUAGUGCUGGAUUGGGAACCAAGGGCACGGUGGCGGCAGUCGGGUUCGCCAUGAUGUUCGGCGCCUUUGUGGGUCUGGGUGCGAUGGUUAUCAAGUGGAAGAGAAGACCCCAAGAUUGGCAGAAGAGGAAUAGCUUCUCCGCAUGGCUGCUCCCGAUCCACGCCAGUGAUUCCAGUUUCAUGGCGAGCAAGAACUCAGUCGGUUCUCACAAGAGCAAUUUCUAUUCAUCAACUGGAUUGGGUCGGUACUUUUCGUUUGCAGAAUUGCAGGAAGCAACCAAGAAUUUCGAUUCCAGUGCAAUAAUCGGUGUCGGAGGAUUUGGGAAUGUGUAUUUGGGUACAAUCGACGACGGUACUAAAGUUGCCGUGAAGAGGGGAAACCCACAAUCGGAACAGGGGAUUACAGAGUUCCAGACGGAAAUCCAGAUGCUAUCGAAGCUCCGGCAUCGGCAUUUGGUAUCUCUGAUCGGAUACUGUGACGAGAACGACGAAAUGAUCUUGGUUUACGAAUACAUGUCAAACGGCCCCUUCAGGGAUCACCUGUACGGUAAGAAUCUUCAGCCGUUGUCGUGGAAGCAGAGGCUGGAGAUCAGUAUCGGGGCAGCGCGUGGACUUCACUAUCUUCACACCGGAAUUGCUCAGGGGAUCAUCCACCGGGACGUUAAGACAACCAACAUUUUGCUUGACGACGCGUUCGUCGCCAAGGUGGCGGAUUUCGGACUGUCCAAGGAUGCGCCGAUGGGGCAGAACCAUGUCAGCACGGCGGUGAAAGGAAGUUUUGGGUACUUAGAUCCUGAGUACUUCCGGCGACAGCAAUUAACGGAUAAAUCGGAUGUGUAUUCAUUUGGGGUGGUGUUGCUGGAGGUGCUGUGUGCCCGGCCGGCGAUUAACCCGCAGCUGCCGCGAGAGCAGGUGAGUUUGGCCGAAUGGGCUAUGCAGUGGAAGAGAAAGGGGUUGAUAGAGAAAAUCAUCGACCCUCAUCUGGUGGGCACUAUCAACCCUGAAUCAAUGAAGAAGUUCGCAGAGGCGGCGGAGAAGUGCCUGGCGGAGUACGGCGUGGACAGGCCAACAAUGGGAGAUGUCCUGUGGAACUUGGAGUAUGCUCUGCAGCUCCAAGAAGCAUUCACCCAAGGAAAAUCAGAGGAAGAGGCUAAAGUACAAUCUGCCACUGUCUCUGCCUCCCCUGCUCCUGUGGCAGUGACUCCUAUCAGUCCUUCCUCCGAUCACCGUCCAGUUUUUAAGCCGGAGGAGAACAAAGGCCCAGCUGAAGUUCAGGCCAUUGAUGAUCACUCAGGAACAGCCAUGUUUGCACAAUUUUCAGGGCUAAGUGGCCGAUGAGACCAUUGCUUAUAAAAAUGGCGGACGUGGUUAGCAUUACAAAGGGUUGAAUGCCAAAAAUUUUCUUGGCAAAGAAAUGCUAAAGGUUAAA